AUGUCGAGACUUCCUCUUAAGUCUGCUACUGCCAUGAAGGCGUCCAAGGGACCCUUUCAGCCUGAUGAAUCUGAAGCUCUGACCCUCUCGGCGAAGCUCGCGGCCAUACGCAUUGAGGAAGCUGCGAAUGAAAGCAAGAAGGGUCAAGAUAAGGUUGUUCUCAAAGAUGCUGUUUCUGAUGCUGCUUCGGAAGGUGAAGAUGUGGCUCAGGGUGACGACGUUGACGACUUGCGUGACAAUGUUGAUGAUGGCUCGGGACCGUCGGGUGUUACUCACUUGCUCAAUGAUGAGGACGACGGGCUCAUUGCCUAUGACUCUGACGAGGAGGCCGAGGAAGUGUCCAAAGGAGAGAUCGCGUCACGCUCCCGCUACCCGAUCACUUUUCUGAUCCCUGAAGAUUUUCUGCCGGAAGUACCUCGUACGCAGGCAACGAUCAAGGGUUUGGUGAGGAUUUGGAAGGAUGAGUUGUCGGAUGGGGCUCUGGUCACCACGACGUACCAGCAGCUGCCGUCUGGUUUCCUGUACAAGAAGUAUUAUGGUCACAUGCAAGUUACUUUUGAUAAGGCAUCUGACGCUAACUUUGUGUGGCGUAACCAGGUUGAGCUUAAGUGCAAGAACGCUGCUGCGACCACUGCAUCAGAUACGACCAAGAUUAUCCUCAAGGACCCGUCCCUGGUGCUCAUUUCUACCAGUGGAAAUCGGGAGGAAUGGGUUUGUCUUCAGGACAGCUGCGAGAAGGCUCACGGUUCGUCAUUCGAGCAGGCUGCGCAUCACGCGCUGACCCAGCGGCACCGUCAUGGGGCUCCGAAAGGGGGAGAGUCACUCCGUCUGCUGAAGGGGAAGAUCAACCUCAAGCACCUGAAGAAGGAUUAUGGGUCUGCCAAGACCAGCUCACGCAUUGAUCGAGCGCUUGUCUCGGCGCCGCUGUUGCCGUCACUCUCCGAGGCAUCGCACUGUCGGCCGCUGAAGGGUCUUUCAGACCAUUGGUUCGGGGUGAAGGUGACCUUCAAAAUCAGCCUGCAGCUAUGCAUGGGGCUUGGAAUAUGGAGGUGCAAGGCAGCAGAAAUUGGUAGGCCAGGUGCAGCGAAAGCGGUUGCUGCGGUUCGCGAGGAGCAUGAUAAAAUGGGGUCGGGCGAUUUCACUGCGCUCAUGAGGAAAAUGAACAUGGCAUUAAAGAAGUACUCUACCGAGGAGCGGAAGCGGGUCAAGGCUACCCUUGCUCACCUGGACGCUGCGGUAGCAGUUUUGCAGCAGGAGGUGAUGCGAAACCCCUAUUGCCCCACCCGGAAGGAGGAGCUGAAGGUCAAGGAGUCCCAGCUGGCGGCGUACCUCGCCUCGGAGCAGGAGAGGGUCUCGCUCAUGGCGGGGAUCAAGGAGCUGCGUGAAGGGGAGCUGCCUGGCAAACUCAUGUCUGCAAAGGUCAAAACACGGGAGGAAAGGACCAUGAUUACGUCGCUGCAGUGGAAGGGAACGGUGCGAAAGGAUUCGAGCGGGAUAUUGGAAGCCGCCUCUGAGUUCUACGCGGAGCUGUUCUCGGAGCCUACCUCAACUGCAGACAGCACAUUCUGGCCGGUCGCUCCGGACAAAAUGCUGGGCGAGGAGCAAUCGCAGCUGCUGGUAGCGGACUGGUCUGAAGCGGAGGUGAAGGAGGCUCUGGACGGCAUGGCGAAAGGCAAGUCCCCUGGUGCCGACGGAAUCCCGAAAGAGUUUUUCAGCCAGCAUUGGGACUCGUUGGGGGGUGACGUCAUCGGGUUUGUGAAGCAGUUUGAGGAGACGGUUGUCCUUCCUCCUGCGGCCUUGGAGGCUGUCACUGUCUUGCUGCACAAGAAAGGCGCUAAGGACCAGGUGCAAAACUACCAGCCGAUCACGCAGCUCAACAGCACAUACAAGUUGGUGGCGCGGGUGCUGGCAAACAGGAUGCGGAAAGUGCUGCAUAAGGUCAUUUCAGAGGAACAAUACGGUUUCUUACCAGGAAGAAGGCUGGCUGACGGGGUCUCGCUGAUCGCGGAUAUUGUCGACGCGGCGAAGUGCAAGGAUGCUGAUUGGUACUUGCUUCUGGUGGACUUCCAGAAGGCUUUUGAUUCGGUUUCUCGUGAUUACCUUUUCGGCACGAUGGAGAGGAUGGGUUUUCCGCGGAAAUUCGUGAGGUGUAAGGGGGAGCCGGUGGCGGUCAGUAAGGGGGUGCGGCAGGGUUGUCUGCUGGCGCCGUAUCUCUUCCUUUGCGCGGUGGAGCCUCUCUGCCAAGAAGCAAUAAGGAGAAAGCUGGGAAUUAGUAACCCGUUCGGGGAUCGUCUCGCUUACCUCGGGUACGCUGAUGACACCACACUUGUGCUCAAGGGGAAAAGGCAGAUUGGCAGGGCGGUGAAGCUGCUGGGCGAGUUUGGUGAUAAGUCGGGGCUUCGGGUGAACAAUGACAAGUCUGCACUCCUGCCCUUGGGGAAGAACCUGCGCAAGAAGCCGGACAAAUCGUCAGCCUUCAAAUGGGUUCGGUCGAACGAAGCGGAAAGAGUUCUUGGGGUGUGGAUCUCACCUUCGGAGGAUGCGUCGGUGACUUGGGAAAUCACCCUGUCGCGAGCAACGGCGGAGUUGGUGAAAUGGCAGAUACACUUCCUGACGACGUCCGGAAGGGUCGCGGUGGUUAACGGGUACAUUAAUCCAAUCCUCGCCUUCCAAGCGCAGGUCUACCCUCCUCCAUCGGAAAUCUGGGCGAAGCUGGUGAAGCUGCUCCAUAACUUCGUCACGGGUAAUCAUUCAACGGCAGGAAAGCAUUUUGCGCUCUGGAGCCAGGAGCUGCUGUUUAAAACGAGAGGGGAAGGCGGGCUUGGCGUCCGUGAUCCGUGUGCUGAGCUGGGUGGCCUGGCGGCCAGGAGGAUUGCGCUGCUGGCGUCGCAACCACUGGGUCUGCGUGCUGACCUCGCGCUCACGGCUCUGGAUAAGGCGGCUAAGUCGCUGAAGCGCUCGGUGUUGGGAGACGUGAUUAAGGUCGCUGAGGACGGUUCGAGAUCUCUGAAAACUCCCCAGGAGCUCGAGCGGGCCUUCGGAGGAACAGAGGGAGCGAAACUGGCGAAGAGGAUUUUCGAUGCGGCCCCGGACGAGUGGAAGCAGAUGCUCAUGGCGCCAGUCACAGCGCGCGCGGUGCUAACGGCCUCUAAGUUCGUGCUUAAGGCGGGGACGAGUUACGGGAUCUGGAGGAUUGAGAGUGUAGAAGAUGACCUGGCGAGAGCAGGCAAGGAGAUGAGUGAUCUGGCGCCAGCUGUCGCAAUUGCACUGGAGCUGCAGAAGAAGACAAGUCAGCUUUGGUGUUUCAACUGGGGAUGGCACAGGUGUAUGCAUACCGACGUGUGGCACAGGGGAUAUUGUGAUUCUGGUUCUCCUCCUCACCUUCACCUUCCAUCCUCCCCCUUUCCUCUUUCUGGUUCUUCCUUUCCUCUUUCCUUCUGGUUCUUUCCCCUUUCCUCCCACCUCCUUCUCAACCCUCAGCAGCUAGUAAACUUGCGCGCGCUAUUAGGAGACAAGAGCAGCCUUAUAUCGAGGACAGAGAUGGUGUUUCAGUCGACUCAAAACCCGUUUCGCACCUGUCUCCACUUUCAGGAGCUAGAAGACUUGCAUGUGCUAUUGAGGGGGCAAGCGCCUUCUUAUAACGAGGACAAAGAUGCAAAAUCAGGGAAGAAGGGAGGCGACAGGGAGGCAAACGAGGAGGACGAGGAGUUGAGAGCGAUGGUUCGGGAGGAGAUCGGGGUGGUGGGGGGGGAGCAGGAGGCACUGCUGCGGAGUGCAGUGAGGCGGAUCCUACCACGGGACGAGGCGGAUAGCCGAGGAUGCAUUGUGGAGGUGCGAGCAGGCACAGGUGGCGAUGAGGCGGCCCUCUUUGCUGCUGACGUGUUCCAAAUGUACCAGCGCUUCUGUGCCAAACGGGGAUGGCAAUUUGAGGUUCUCGAUGUUACCGAGAUUGAAAAGGGCGGAUACAAG